AUCUCACUGUAAACAUAAUAACAAGUUGCUAUCAACAACUAAACUUAUAGUCUUGGUUUUCACUCUUAAUUAUUUACAAUUAAUUGAUUCUUGAUUGUCUGUUGUUGCCAUUCUAUUUGCAUCAGUAUCUCUAUCAUCUUGUCAACCUAUUUUCAUGCUGUUCAUUUCUUCGCUUCAUCCUAUCAUCUGUUCUCUCCAUUCUGGUUUCUCUGAAUAUCUUUUUUUGAUGCCUAACUAACUCAAGAUUGAUUUUGUUUUAUUAAUUUAGCUGUCUAUUAAUAUUUGUUGGCAAAUUGGGUAGACCAAAUUUUCUCACAUGUGUUUAAAUAUUUAUAAAUCAACAGCAGUUCGCAUAUCUUUUAUCACCUAGCCAAGUUACCAAACUGGUUACAAUCUUUAGAUAGAUAAUGGCGCCAGAUUAUCCAAUUAAAUCACCUGGACUUAAUGGUGAUGUUAAUUGUAAAUUCAACUUGACUGAUCUGGAUAGUCUAAGAAAUACAUUUCAGUUUCUGUCGUCUAAUUAUCCAAAUUUUCAAAAAGAUAAAAUCUGUGUUGUCUCAAUUAUUGGUAAAUCUUCAGCUGGAGCAAGAGCUUGUAAAGCAACAUUAAUUGAUGACUGUUUGGGUAAAAAUGUUUUCAGAGGAAAAUUCUGUGAUAAUAAAAAAUUAGUUGAUGAAUCGGUUAUCAAUGUCGAAGGCUAUUUUGAUUCACGGAGUCGAGUUAUAUUUCUACAUUUGAUUUCCCCAUUAGAUACUGACGUUUUAACUCAUCUUUCUAAGAUAAUGGGCCAUGAAUUUGAGUCAAAGGGUUUUUUCCAAAACUUUACCGACAUUACUUUCAAAACAGCAAAAAUUCUUCUGUUUAUGUUCAUCAUCUCCCACAUUGUCGUGAUUGUCCACCCAACGCCACAUUUUGAUCUCAACUAUCUUCAAUUAUUUAGACUAUUGGAUAUCGCUCGAGUAAAAACUUCUCCCUUGGUAUCUGAAGUUCUUCGUGAUUUUCAUAUUUCUGAUGAUUGGGUAUUCAGUGGUCGUCCUUGCUCUCCUAGAGUUCUAUUUGUGUUUGAAGCCUACCAAAAUUCUAAAUAUAUAAGUGCUAACAAGCGAACUCAUGAGCAACAUUUAGAAGAUCAAAUUUAUCGAUUCUUGAGGAAAAGUCGCAUCAUAACAAAUAUUUGUGCCAAUUCAUUAUUUGCCAUUUGCAAUCAAUCAGAUUUUGUUUAUAUUUCUAAUCAAGAUCCAACCAUUCGAGAUGCUCAUGAUUUCUUGAAGAAAUUGAUGCAAAAAUUUUGUUCUCAAGAGCAAGAUAACUCUGAUGUGGAUCCAAAAAGUGGUAAAACUUUCUAUCAAUUUCUUUGGUCUCAUAUUUCAACAGCUUUAACAAAAGGAUUUGAUGAUAAUGUCGGUCGACACAAUGCUGUAACAGUGUUCGAGCUUCCAGUAGCUGAAGACUUUUUCUUAAUUGCUGAAAAAUUACACAAUUUGCUAUUCAACCCAGAAGAUGCAUCGUACAAAGAUUCAUUGCCUUCAUUUAAUCAAAUGCGAAAUUCACUCGAUAUUGACUCAAGAUUCUCUGAAGCAAGGUGCAACAAAGUCUUGCCUAUUGCUUUCAGCAUAUAUCAAGAAGGUUUACCAUCUCACUAUACUUCAGAUUUUCACGUUCGUAAAGUGGCCCAAGCCAUGCACUUUUUCACCGUUCAAUCUCGUGGACCUGCUUUAUAUAGUUAUUUGAGACGGCUGAAAGACGAGUGUGAUGAAUUUUGGAACAAUGGUCGACAGAUGUGUGAAGUUCUCAGUUUAACUGGUAAUAAUUGUAUAAAUCCUGCUCAUCGAACAAAACCAGAAGACGAUGAUCACUAUGAAGAGCUCAUCUCUAAAACAGAGCCUCAUUAUCCAAUUAUGCCGCAUUGCAGUGGAGUUAAGAUAACUUCAGCUUGUGAUUGUGGUCGUCGUCAGGCAAACCGUGAAGAUCCAUUUACUGUUAAAAGUGCUAACUACGAUUUUUACUGUUUAUUUUCCUCAAAGUGUAAUUGUAGCCACUUAGAAAGAAUCGAGUUUCCAGUUUUCCAGCCAAGCACGUCCGACAUAAGACCAGCUAAACUUAAUCGCUUUUUUGAUCGAUUUGAAAAUCUUGGUUUAGACUCAAGUGAAACUGAAUUUGAAAGUCAACCUGGUACCGAUCAAGUUUCUUUAACUGAUCUAUCGCAAGCAUUGGUAGGAGAGCAAAGCUUGGAACCAUUUAAAAGAACCGAAGCUUCCUGUAAAGAGGAUGCAAGUGGCGAUAAAUCUGUUGAAUUGAAAAAUGGGACACCAAAAGAAGUCAAAGAGCAAGACGCACCUCAACGAACUGAAGCUGAUAAAGGUAAAUCUACUCCAUUGAAAAGUCCAAGUUUAGUUGUUGAGAAUUGGGAUAGUUUGGACAAUAAUGAUGAGGAUGAUAAGGAUGUUAAGGAUGUUAAGGAUGAUAAGGAUGAUAAGGAUAAUGUAAAUGCUGGUGUAGCUGAUGAUGAAGAGGACAACGAAGAAGAAGACGACGAUGAUGAUGAUGACGACGAAGAAGAUGAUGAUGAUGAUGAAGAUGAAGGAAAUGAAAAUGGAGAUAAAACGGACAAAGGUCGGGACAUUCAGUUGAUUAUCAGAGAAUAUAAUCGAAGUCCUCACUCAAGCGUCCUUAAUCAACAUUCAACAACUGAAUAUCUUCCUGGAAUGCUUCAUUCAAUGUCACCUUUUGGUUUGCUGCCCAAAUUUUCAUCCUGGUCAUUAGUUUGUCUUGGUCCAUCAAGUCUUUACUCUCAUAAUAUGGGAGUUCAGGAUCAACCUGGUUUCAUUUCUGGAACCAAUUUUUUAUUACCAUGGGAUGUAACAGUUAAACUCGAGCAUUCAGGCCAGCUACCUCCUUUAUGGGAAGGUAAAAGACCACCAGGAAUAAAGAAUAAAAAAACUCUUAAAGAUGGAACUCAAUUUACUGUAAAAAUUUUCAUUGGAGUUGAAUAUGAAUGCCCAAGAGGUCACAGGUUCAUGUCAUCUAAACCAGCAAGUGUUUUGAAGGCCAAUAUGGGCAUUGUCAAGGAAAAUGCAAACAGUAUCGCUUCAAAUGAUAUGCCUCUCUAUGUUCCUUGUGUCUGCAGUCGAUCUGGUAAACUAUUGUAUGGUCAGCUAAUGAGAUUGCACGUUGUCACUCCAAAAGCUCCGGUUCAUGUUACCCUCAAUCCUCGAGUUCAACCUGCUCCUCCUCCUUGUCCAAUAUUUUCCCCUGGCAACGCUGAGCCUGUUAAAUUAUCACAAUCAGCAUAUUGGGUUCUUAGGCUACCAUUUGUUUAUCAAGGAGAUCAUGGUGUUUACAUGCCUUACAAAGAUCGACUUGAUGCCUGUCGGUUGCUUAAAGGUACCUAUGGAAUAUCAGAUUAUGUUUCAAGGGCCAAAAAAUGACCCAGAUAUUAAGGUGAUUAACAGGAAUCCAAACAAUACUUGAAUUGAUCGAAAUCAAAUUAAGUUGACUGAAAGUCGGGCAAAAUCUUCAUACAAUGGAUUGGCAGAUUAAACUAAGAUUUUCGCUCCAGUUUCAACUAAAUCAGAUUAUCAAGUUAUCAAUAUUUGCAGUGAAUUGCAAAUUAUUGCGAAUGCUUGAUUCUAAAUGAAAAUGUUGCUUCAUUUCAAAUGAAUAGAGUAAUAGUCUGUUCAUUGAACAAAUAAUCAACUUCCUUUGGUGAAAUGUGGAAACAAUAAAUGAAGAGGAAGAAUAAUUUAUAUUUUUUUCACACUUGUUUUAUUUUUCCCCUUCAUCAAUGAUAGAUGGGUAAACCUAUUUUGAGCUAAUUACACAUUUUAAAUUAAGAUAUUAUUCCAAUCAGAAUCAUAUUCUACACCCAACACCUAUUCCUGAACUUUUAAUGAGUUAAUUUCAAAAUGUGUAUCAAAAACGGUUCAAAAAUUAGCAGCAAAUUUAUAAAAUGUUCAACAAUUAUCUUUAAUGCUGGAAUAAGAGGAAAUUUUUUUAAAUUA